AUGAGCCGCCUCAUGGCUUCAGUCUGUCACUGGCACUCUGCUCCUAUCAGGGUUUACACAAAACAGAGAGUGAGGGAGAACACGCCUCCCGCCUCGUCUGCCAUCGCCUCACACUGCUCUCUGACACAGACCCAAUCCCCUGGUUAUGUCACACCAGUCAGUGGGAGUGAGCGCGUGGUGAAGCAGUAUCUGAGGGUGAAGGGUCUGCUGAACUGUGAACUCAAGCAGUCCACUUUAUCAGCCCUCCUGCCCCAGAACACUGCGGGCCUGCAGCUCGUCCGGCUGUCCUGGCAGCCCUCUGCUGUCCCACUGGCCAGUCGUGCAGGUAGGCAUUACGGUAUAACUGAAAGGAGGCUGGAAUGUCUGUCCUUAGCAUUCAGCCAAGCUGCAAGCGCUUUUUGUCCGGGGAGUCAGCACUUGAGCGCAUUCCUUGACGUGGAGGGUCAGUGGAUCUCUCCAAGGAUUUCAAGAAGACCGUUCGUUAUAAGUGUAAUACGUUCAGAGAAACUUUUUGUUGUUGAGAGAGAGAGAGAGAGAGAGAGAGAGAGAGAGAGAGAGAGAGAGAGCGAGAGAGAGAGAGCGCACACGGGACAACUACAAGGUCCUGGAGUUAUAUCGGCGAACUGCUCCGCUUGGAUAAAGACAAAACAUUACUUUACUUCUUCGAAGUUCAGGAGAAAGAAGAAGACCUGCAACCAAGAACAGUGGAGCGAGAGUAGAGGAGGAAGCUUCUUCACUGGGCUGAACAGGGAGAGAGAAAGAGUCUGCACCAUGAAGGUCUUUCUCACUCCACUGACACCCUUUCUGCUCCUCCUCAUCCUUCCCGAUGGCACCUGGUCCAGUGACUGCCCAGAGGACUGCUCCUGUUCCACGCCAGACUCCAUCUUGUGUUUCCAGAGACGCUCUUCUACCAUUCCCAAGGGAGUGUCGACAUCCACAAAAAGUCUCUACCUCUUUGCCAACGGCAUCGAGGGCUUGACAACUGAUGACUUUGAAGGCCUGGAAAACCUGGAGAUGCUGGACCUCAGUCAAAACAAAUUGACUGAACUUACUGAUAGGGUGUUUGAACCUUUGAUCUCUUUGAAAAACCUGGACUUGUCAUCAAACCAGAUCAUGGACAUCUCAGAGGAAUGCUUCCAGGGUAUGGCACUGCUUGAGCGCCUUUAUUUGUACGGUAAUUAUAUCAAGACCAUCCACCCCGCUGCCUUUAAUGGCUUGGAGCACCUGCUGGAACUCAAACUGCAGGGCAACCAACUGACAUCCCUACCUGCUCUCUCAAUGCCACAACUAUUGCUGCUGGACCUUCGCUUUAAUGUCUUACCCACCUUGGGUCCUUCAGAUCUCCAGACCCCAAACCUUGAGUCACUUAAAUUGGGUGGUGUGGGGCUCGUCAGCCUGAAUAAGGAACUCAUAAGUAAUCUAAAGAACCUCCACGAACUGGACAUCUCAGGAAACCAACUUGAGUACUUCCCCUCAGCGUUAAAGGAGACCCAGGGUCUGAUUCACCUCAGCCUGGCUGGAAACCCGAUGGUCCCUCUUAAGGCUCAGGACCUGGAGAACCUUGGAGAGCUGCAGGAGUUGGACAUUAGCAGCCUCAGUUUGCAAGGCCUUCCUGAAGAGUUCACCCAGCUCUUACCCCACCUCAGAAAGCUAACAGUUGCAGAGAACCCCUUCAACUGUCUCUGCACCUUAGCAUGGUUCCCAAGAUGGCUGAGAGCCCAGAGCAUCACCCUGGAGAGAACAGAGGAGACCCGCUGCCAUUUCCCACCUAUCAAUGCUGGAAAGGUAUUGGAAAGACUGGAGCACAGGGAUUUUGGCUGUCCUACUACAACUACAGUCACCACUAGUACUGUCAAAACUACCACCACCGUGCCUGUUCCUGUGACUACGAUCCCGAGUACUACCAGAGCUAUUCUAGUCCCCAGGGCCAGUGACAACCCCACAGACUAUCCUUUGCCCCCUGUCCCCGCAUCCCCUAGUAGCAGCAGUAUGGACCAAGGCGAAGAGAAGCAUUUCUGCCCCCCUCACACCUGUCUGAAUGGGGGUACUUGUCGUUUGGACCAGCAUGGUCAGGUAGAAUGUACCUGUCCACAUGGCACCUCUGGCAUGUAUUGUGAAGUCCAAAACCAUCACCCGCCUUCACCACCUGAAGCUGAAGUCCCCAUGGCAACUGUCAGUGUAAAUGCACCAGACAUCAGCUCCCAUCAAGCAACCACAACCUCAAUCCUGCUGGACCUCCACCGCUACAUUGAAAUGCGGCCUAAAAUCCGUGGAAUCCGCCUGACCUAUCGUAAUCUCUCUGGGCCAGACCGCAGGCCGAUUCAACUCAGCCUGCCAGCAUCCUUCCCAGAGUAUAGACUCAGAGGCCUGCAGCCCAACUCCACUUACACGGUGUGUGCCAGUCCACUAGGUGCACCUAGUGGCAAAGACAGUGUCUGCACUGAAGCCCAUACGGUUGCUGAAAGUGUCAGCAACCGUCGUCAACAGAUUGACGACCAGAGGCUGACAACUAUGCUGGUGCCUGCAAUUGCCAUCCUGCUACUGCUGGUACUAAUAGCAGUAGCAGUGGGAGUUGUAUGCUAUCUUCGCAGAAAGAGGGCCAAGGGCAACCUGGACUUGGAGUGUGAGCCCUCCCAGCUAGAGUUGGAUGGAGUGAAGGCUGGUUUGGACAAUGGGGCACUGCCUCAGAAACAGCCCCAACUCAUGAUCCCUGAACCUGCUGUUCAGAAUGGCAAUCUGGAAUAUGAGGUGUUGCUACUACAGGAUCACUGUACAUCAAAUAACAAUAUGACUUCACAUAAGCCCUCCUACUUUUGAUGCCUUGCUUGGACUACUCAGACCUAAAGGAGGAUUUUAGGUGGAUUCUUGUUUUUCCCCACUGGUGAAAUACAGAGAGCAGCAAAUGCUGUUGUGAAAGUGGAGGACAAAGUAUCAACCAGCCAAACAGCAAAGGAGAAACUGGACAUAUAUUUAACUCAAUGCCCUCCUAUUGUCUUAAGUAGACUUUAAACAUGUUCAAAAACAUUGGUUUGGACUUUAAAAAGCUUUGAAAGUGCCUCUUCUCCAUUUACAUCCAUUUUGCUUCAAUAAUAUUUCCUCACUCACAUUGCUGGAAUGGCAACCUCUCAGCUCCCAUGCUGUGAUGCUGGGACUGAUGGUGUGUUGUGAUUGGCUGAAACCUAUAGGUUAAGGGACAUGGUGGCCUCAGGCCCUCCUUUAUCUGUUCAGAAAGGAGAGUGCACUGAAAUGGGGUUGUGCUGACCUUUUCCCCAUCACAACAGCCCAGCUAAACACUAUAUCAGCAAUUGUUUUUGCUGCAUGUUGUAACUCCUCAGUACUACCCCAAAGGGAUCAGUGCUUGCUGUGAAUGACCUUAAAGACACCAAAUGAAGUUAUGCAGAGAAAAUAGCUGAUGCUUGUAUUCUUUAUUUGGCUUUAAAUAUCUUGUGAUUUAUUGUUUUUGUAUGUAUGUUUUUUUUAUACCUGUCUUUUGAUAAAAUUGUGACUGUUAACAGCCCUCUAUAGUCUCCCCCCAACCCACACACACAAACACACACAGUUCUUGUGACUAACAGACACAACAGCAGAUUAAAAUCUUUGAAGAUUAAAACUCGUUUGGUACCAGCAAAGUCAAUCAAAGGGCUUUACCCCCAGAAUGUCAGACACUCUAAGUAGAUGUGAGCCUGGACAGACUCAAGACUAAAUCCCCCUUCUUGAUUCUGAAGCCCUCAGUCUGCUUUGCCACCACAAAGGGAGGAGGUAAGCAGGAUUACAAAAGGUACAGAGGAAAGCAGUAGAAUGAACCUCUUCAGUUUCAGUGCUGCACUAAAUUUCAUACAGUUUGUAGAUUGUCAUAAUUACAGUAAGCACUCAAAUGAAUAUACAGCAAAAGAACUUUAGAGACUUUAUUUAUUAUUUAUAUUCACUGCAAGGGAAACUCAGUUUUAUCCCUAAAUCGCAAUUCAUGUAUAUCAUGCUACUUGGCCUGGCCCACAACACGUAAACAGUGGUUGUGUAUUGUGUUUCUCUUCAGUAAAAAUAGCAUGCUCGGCGUAAUGCUGUGCACAAUUUCUCCUUGGCAAGGAGGGUCCAAGUUUUGCUCACUUACACCUAACAAGACUAUGUCCAUGAGAGGAGCAGACUUCUUUAUAAUGUCGUGUAGAGGAAGAUGAGACUUGCAAAGUGGGAGAUCUACAGGAAGGUUAUAAUGCAGACACAGAGAUCCAAAUCUGGGAAUAUAGGGCAAAGAAGGACCCAAGGUAACCAUUUGUGUGUGUGUGUGUGUGUGUGUGUGUGUGUGUGUGUGUGUGUGUGUGUGUGUGUGUGUGUGUGUGUGUGUGUGUGUGUAGAUCUAUCAACUUCAGGAUAAUGCAAGUACGUGUUCUGUCUUGUGCAAAGACCUGCAGACAUCAAGUUACUAUCAGUUACCUUCUCUAUCUGCCCGCAUCUCAAGGACUCCUUUAAGCCCCAAACAACUCUACCUAUAGGCAAACACACCAAAGAUGUCAGUAAAGUUACCUACCUACUGUAUUCCUAGUGCACAAUUAACAGUUCCCUGCUAACAAAAUGUCUUCAUAACCCACACAAACAAAUGCAACUGGAAUAAUUGUCAGUCAAAUAGAAUAUAUUGAAGAUAACCAAAAUUAUUUUCGAUGUGUUUGUUAAUUUUUCCCUGUUUACUUUGGGAAGCUUUUUGUUGUCUUUCUUUUUUUAUUUUUUAUUAUGUGAACUUAUUUGUACAAGUAA